GCUGAGGCAGCGCAGCCCGUGCGAGCAUCGCGAUUCGCAGCGCGCUCCCUUCUCCCGCUGCCCCGAACGCCUCCGCGGCACAUGGCCUGUCUGAUGGCAGCGCUCUCGGUGGGCACCGCUUUGAAUGUCUGCAAUUCUUCUUCUGCUAUGGCUGAGCCAAAGUCAGUGUGUGUUUCAGUGGAUGAGGUGGUCUCAAGUGGCACAGAUAACCAAGAUGCUCGGUUGUUGAAUGGACACUUAAAAAAGGUGGACAACACUCUAACAGAAGCCCAUCGUUUCUCCUACCUACCCCGAAGACCAGCAGUGAACAUUGAGUUUAAGGAACUGUCAUAUUCUAUCCAGGAAGGACCAUGGUGGAGGAAGAAGGGUUACAAGACCCUUUUGAAAGGAAUUUCAGGGAAGUUCAGCAGUGGAGAACUUGUUGCAAUUAUGGGUCCUUCUGGGGCUGGGAAAUCAACACUCAUGAAUAUCCUGGCAGGGUACAGAGAGACAGGGAUGAAAGGAGCGAUCUUCAUUAACGGGCAGCCUCGUGACCUGCGUUCUUUUCGGAAAGUGUCCUGUUACAUCAUGCAAGAUGACAUGCUGCUCCCUCAUCUUUCUGUCCAAGAAGCUAUGAUGGUGUCUGCUCAUCUGAAACUUCAAGAGAAGGAUGAAGGCAGAAAGGAGAUGGUAAAGGAGAUCUUGACAGCGCUGGGUUUGCUGACAUGUGCCAAUACAAGAACUGGAAGUCUUUCUGGGGGCCAGAGGAAGCGUCUUGCCAUUGCUUUGGAGCUGGUGAACAACCCGCCAGUUAUGUUUUUUGAUGAACCUACCAGUGGCUUGGACAGUGCAUCUUGCUUUCAGGUUGUCUCUCUCAUGAAGGCUUUGGCCCAGGGUGGCAGGUCCAUCAUCUGUACUAUUCAUCAACCAAGUGCCAAACUGUUUGAAUUAUUUGAUCAGCUCUAUGUUUUAAGUCAAGGACAAUGUAUUUACCGUGGGAAAGUGUUAAACCUUGUCCCUUAUUUGAGAGAUUUGGGUUUAAACUGUCCAACCUACCACAAUCCAGCAGAUUUUGUGAUGGAGGUUGCAUCUGGUGAAUACGGGGACCAGAACAGUCGGCUGGUCAGAGCAGCACGGGAAGGGAUGUGCGACACAGACUACAAGAGAGAUGCUGGUGGCGAGAAUGAACUGAACCCCUUCUUAUGGCAUCGACCCUCUGACGAGGACUCUUCAUCCACAGAAGGCUGUCACAGCUUCUCAGCCAGCUGCCUCACCCAGUUCUGCAUCCUCUUUAAAAGAACUUUUCUCACCAUCAUGAGGGAUUCGGUCCUGACACAUUUGCGGAUCACAUCACACAUUGGAAUUGGACUUCUUAUAGGCUUGCUAUAUUUAGGGAUUGGAAAUGAAGCUAAGAAAGUCUUAAGCAACUCUGGCUUCCUCUUUUUUUCCAUGUUGUUCCUUAUGUUUGCUGCUCUUAUGCCAACUGUCCUUACGUUUCCUCUUGAGAUGGGUGUAUUUCUCAGAGAGCAUCUGAACUACUGGUACAGUCUGAAGGCCUACUAUCUAGCUAAAACCAUGGCUGAUGUCCCUUUUCAGAUUAUGUUUCCUGUGGCAUAUUGCAGCAUCGUGUAUUGGAUGACUUCACAGCCAUCAGAUGCGCUCCGAUUUGUCCUGUUCGCGGCCCUGGGGACAAUGACAUCGCUGGUGGCUCAGUCAUUGGGUCUUCUGAUAGGUGCAGCCUCCACAUCACUUCAGGUGGCAACAUUCGUGGGUCCGGUUACAGCCAUCCCAGUCCUGCUUUUCUCAGGAUUUUUUGUCAGCUUUGAUACCAUUCCCGCAUACCUCCAAUGGAUGUCCUACAUCUCAUAUGUCAGGUACGGGUUUGAGGGCGUUAUUCUCUCCAUCUAUGGGUUGGAUCGAGAAGAUCUUCACUGCGACAAAGAUGAUACUUGCCACUUUCAAAAAUCAGCAGCCAUCCUGAGAGAAUUGGAUGUAGAAAAUGCCAAACUUUACCUGGACUUCAUUGUGCUUGGAAUUUUCUUCUUCUCUCUGCGUCUUAUUGCCUAUUUUGUUCUCAGAUACAAAAUCCAAGCGGAGAGGUAAAGGAAAAACAAACAAAACUAUCCAAUAGGAGGAACCCUAGACAUGCAGUAGAGGGAACUUGUUAUUGUCUCAUCGUGGCAGGCUGGUGUCAAGUGCCCAGUUACAGACGCUGUUAUGAUCCAGCCCAUAGAGAACCGUAUUGGGUUAGUGGAUGUGUAGUGUUAAGCUAAUCAGUCCAGUUGGAUUGGGUCACAUUUUCAUUACACUUCUAGCUUUAAUUAGGAAGAAAAAAUAGAAGGGAAUUUUGCAAUGUAGAGUUUCAACUGUGAAACAAUGUAACUGCAACAAAAACUGGUUUCAGGAACUUUCCUUUAUGAAAACCAUUUCUGUGAUAAGAUGACAUUUGUCCUGAUAGCCAGAGUUGUACAAUGACAUUUAUGUGGCUGGUGAUUAUUGAUCAACAGUCAGUCAAGUACCAAGUGGGGGGAUGCAAAGAAAGUAGCAUUAUCACUUUAUUUUAAAUUCAGAGUGUCAUCUUUGACAUUUUUUUAUGUAUCACUUUGGAUCUCUCUUCCACAAGAAUUAUCCAUCCAAACCCAAAGUCUGUAAGCUUACUGAGUCUCAAGAAAAGAUGGCUUUUUUUUUUUUAAUAGCGAUGGAUAAUAUUAAAAAAAAUAAUCAUAGUGAUACACUAUCUAAAUUUAGAAUUCUGGGGCUUUACUUGAUGAGAUGGUCUCAGACUCAGAAAUUGUAAUACUAAGGAAAAAAGACAAAAUCAGAGUCAGACUGUAAACCUGUGAUUCCUAUGUUAAAAAAAAAUAGAGCCCAGAUAGUCAGGAAUAUUUAAGCUGUCCACAGAUGAUUGCUUUAUUUUUUAAAAAAAUCUGUUUUUGCAAUGUCCUUUAAACCCACCUUAUUUGUGAUAGUUAACAUGCUAAUUGUGUCCAUUAUCCACAUGAACUACCUCCUGUGAAUGCAAAAGCAAAGAGCUCCAAGGAUGUUUUCUUUUGUAAUGACAUCGAGAAGAUUUUAGCCAUCUGUUGGGUUCUUUGUUUAUCUAGCCCAGAUCUGGGUGGAUGUGGUUUGUAUUAUUUUACUUUUGGUCAUAUAUGCAUCAAUUCAAACAUUAAAUGCUUCCGAUACUUCCUUUUGGCUGAAGCUUGAAUAUAGUUAAAGAAACCCUGCAAACCAGGAUAGCUGGUUAAAUGCUGUCUGUGAGACGGUGAACAUUUGUGUCUGAGUUACUGUCUUGGGGUGCUCUCCUCCCUGUCUCCGUCUGUCCACAUCUCGGGAUUAGCUCUGCCAGAGCGACUCCCCUUCCUGCUGUUGCAUUCCAUCACUCUCUCUGUGUUUCACAGUCUCGGGAUGGAAACUGUUCCUGCUUCAUGGCUUGGCCCUCCGACCAGGUCAAUGUAGUCUUCCCCUACUGGGGUAUCAGAGUUUCUCAGGACCUACUGUCCCAGGCAGUCUUCCCAUUCACUGCCCCUUAAUGGUGCCACUUCCCCAGUGGUUGGUAGGGGAACCCAGGCCCACCCUCUAUACUGAGUUCCAGCCCAGGGAACCUACAACAAGCAGUUAAGGUCUGCACAGUCCUAAAACUUACUGCUGUAUCCCCGGCCUACUUCCUGCUGUGCCUGCUCUCACCCUCAGAGUGACUGCAUCCUCUCUCUCUCUCUGCAGCCCCUAGCUACUCUCAGCUGCUGGACUUUAUGCAGGCCCUCCUGUUCCUUCCUGCUGAGCCAGGUCUCUAAUUAGUCCCUGCUCCCUGGCUCCUCCUCCAAGUGCAGCCUAGGUGGUUAAUUGGCCCACCUGGCCACCUUAACCUCUUCAGGCCUUGUGUAGGAGGACACCCCAUCACAGUACUCUAUGUUGGAGACUGGCGGGUGGGUCUACAGUCUUACAUCAGUCUGUGUGACUGAAAUGAACACUGUACUGAUCCCCACCAUGUUUUCAUUUAGAAAAAGGUGUGAUGGUGUAAGGUGACCUAUUCUGUCUUGAUUGUUGUCACAAAAGGAAGAGUUUCUCUGAUACCCCAUCUACUCCAUGUUAGAUGGAUCUAUUCCAUUCUAAUGGGGUUCUUAUAAACUCAAUUCCAGCAAAGCACUUAAGUACAUACUUAACUUUACACUUGUGAGUUGUCCUUUGACUUCUGGAACUACUCAUGUCUUUAAAACGGAGCACGUGUUUGAAAGCUUUGCUGGAUCAGGGCCAUACUGCCCAGAAAAUUGACAUGUCUCCUUUUCGCACUGGCUCAAAGGCUAUGGUGAAAAGUGUAUUUGUUAUAUCAAAGGCCUGGUCUACACUUAUAGUUUAGGUCAAUAUAGCUGUGUUGCUCAGGGGCGAGAAAAAUCCAUACCAGAGCUAUGCCAACCUAACCCCAAGUAUAGCUGCAACUAGGCUGAUGGAAGUAUGCUUCCACUGACGUAGCUACCAUCACUCAGGGAGGUGGUGUUCCUACAACGAAGGGAAAACUCCUUCAUAGGAUCAUAGAAUAUGAGGGUUAGAAGGGACCUCAGGAGGUCAUCUAGUCCAACCCCCUGAUCAAAGCAGGACCAAUCCCCAGACAGAUUUUUACCCCAGUUCCCUAAAUGGCCCCUUCAAGGAUUGAACUCACAACCCUGGGUUUAGCAGACCAAUGCUCAACCAGUGAGCUAUCUCUCCACCGUGAUUGCUAUAGGCUGUGUCCACAUUACAGGAUUAUGCCAGCACAGCUACAGCGUUGUAGCUAUGCCAUUAUUGUCCUUGUAGUGUAGACAUGGCCUUUGUGUAAUGGGUUCAUUCCCCAGUGACCCUGACUAAAUAGGAAAUAACCUUUUAAGCUCUUUAUUACAAUGCACAGUGUUCUCCUGGGGGAUGGGAAGGAAGGGAGAAACUGACCACCAUACAGAAGAAGAUAUAUUUUUUUCUAUGUGCUCACUGUUAAACAGAUACUACUGUUAAUGGAAUAAUUUUGCUAAGCAAAAAAAUGAUUGUCUACUUAUAUUUUCCUCUCUGUAUAACAAGUGCAAAUCCAGAACUGCUGUUCAGUCCUAAAAAAUGAGUGUUUCGUAUUUACAGUCAUAAGUAUGGUGUAAUAAUAGAGAUAUAUUUAAAUGUACUGUGUUAAUUCUAUUUCCCUCUUCUCUCCUGGCCUAAGGCCCUUGUAUUUGGGAACCAUACAGGGCUCAAGAGGAGAGUUCAGGCAUCAUAAACUUGUGAACACAGCCCCCACUGAAAAUCCUUGCGAAGGGGAUGCAACCCCCAGGUGGCUUAACAAACACAUGUGCCUCCUUUUUUUCAAUUCACUGAGCUCUCCUCUCUUCAACAUUGCCAUUUGCUCACCCCCCUGAAAUUCCAGAUAAAUACAAUGGACUCGUAGUGAAUAAAUCAAGAGGACACUUCCAGCACUAGGAUCUAUGAAAGUAGCUAAUGCAGUGGGUUGAAGUUAGUCCUUUGAGGCUUUGCAAGAUAACAGGGCUUCAUGUGUGGGGUUUGAUCUUAAGCCCAUUGAUACCAAUGGAAACAGUGACUACCAUUGACUUUAAUGGUAGUUGGAUCAGGCCCUUAUGCAGGAAGUGUUAUUAGUUUAGUAAAAAGAACAGGAGUACUUGUGGCACCUUAGAGACUAACGAAUGUAUUUGAGUUAGUCUCUAAGAUGCCACAAGUACUCCUGUUCUUUUUGCGGAUACAGACUAACCCGGCUGCCACUCUGACACCUGUUAUUAGUUUAGCGAUUCCCAACUUUUUCAGAUAAUUGGAUUUGUUCACAAGGGUUAAGCUGUGCUAGUCAGUACUUGACACCUCCCAUUUGCAGAAUUUGUUAUCCCAGUCUGGCAACUGGGGCCCUGAUUUCGCAUGUUCUUAAAUCCAUCCCUAUUCAGGGAAGCAUUUAAACACGUGCUUCAGCCCUAUUGACUUCAGUGGGAUUUAAACAUACACUUAAGUGCUUUCCUGAGCAGGGAUGCUUUCCUGAAUUGAGACCUGCCUUUUGUUCAGCCCAUGCUUUUGGAGUUAGCAUGAACACAAAUAGCUGGGUGGUAAACAAUGGAAUUGGCAGUGCACUGGAGCAAGAGCCUAGAGUUCCAGUCCCAAAGAUCCAGCGCUAAUAUUUGCACCGGUAGUUAGGGACCACAAUGAAAAUGAUUUCUGUGCUGCUUUUAGCCACUGUCUACACUGAUUUUGCCAAUUAAAUGUGAAUAUCUUUUAUUUUAAAUUUUAACAUCAGCAUCAUCUUUUCCUGACAGCGAUUGUUUAGCUCUAUUUCUUUUGCAACCCUUUACUUAAAAUCCCAUUAGCGAAUUAUUUGUACAUCAUGUUGUUUGUCUCUGAUUCUGCUUAUAGGUUGGCUAAAAGUGGCAGCAACCUUACCCUAGCGCUGCACUGGAGCCUUGCUUGAGAUGUUAAAUCUUAUUAUGAUAACGCCGCAAACAUAGGGCUUGAUCUUGCCUUCACUGCACACCCAGCACUUCCAUGGACUCAUUUUGAAGUCUUGUUUUGUUUCAUUCUGACCUGCUGUUUUAUGGUGUCUGUGUCUUAUCCCCCUUGGCACAAGCGAUGGGGACAUUAAGCCCUAAUGCAUUUUACAUUGACUUUGUGUAUUAACAAAUCCUGACUCAAUGCUCCCUACACCUGCUGGCAGCAGGUAAACAAAGAUUGUAUGUGCCCUAUGGAGCCUUGACCUAUCAGCUGUUUGCUCAGCUGUAUGUACAUCUGUUGCGCUCUCCUAGUUGACACAUUGUGACGUGCCAUUCAUAAAGUAUGAUAAUACUGAAGACAUUUUAAAAGCCGUGCUGGAACUAAGAAGUAGGCAGGGGCUGAUGUUCUGACAUGUCAUCUAUAUGUGUUGUAUAACCCCUGUCACUGCCAUGUCACUAGAUAGGCCCCGUUAGGUGAAUACAUAGAGCUAGUAGUUAAGUCCCAUUGAGAUCAAUCUUGUUUUCUUAGAGUUAAGCACGUGCUAAAGGGCUUUGCUGGAUUGGGUCCCAGAAUACUUGGCAACUUCCAGGAUUGAAUCCAGACUAUCCUGUUUUAAAUCAUAUUUUUAUAUAGUAGGGAUCAUUUUAACGUGUUCCAUUCAGGUGCAUUUUAGUAUGUAUACAACUGUGCUUUGGACAUGUCCAUGAGUUGCAAUUACCUUCAGCCGUAACAACUUUGUUUUAACUCUGUGCAGACACUGGCCCAUUUCUACUUAUUUGUACACAUUCCAUGCAGCACCUACAUACACUAAGAACAAAAGUACUGAAGAGCAUGAGCUCUAAUUUAGACUUCUGAUAGCAACACCGUGUAAUGUAUGGUACUUAAUAUUGUUUUCAUGUGAAGGGUCUCCCUUCAAUAGGUCUUUGCUUUCUUCCAAGUCCUUUUCUUUUUCAUGUAUAUCAUCAAAUUCGAUCCUCUUUCUGGGGUGAAAUCCACCCCUGUGCAUGGGACCAGCACAAGGCCUAUCCACAGAUUAAGGGGGACUUAAUUGGGGUAUAGAUCAAGACGUUGGAAGUUAGACACCUAACUAUCUUUGAGGCUCUGGGCCAUAGUCCUUCUGCUAGGCUUCUGCACAGUGGUGAAUUUCACCCUUUGACUCCAAGUUACUUCAUGUCCUUAUUCACUGGGUGUCACACUCUACAGUGUAGAAACAGAAUGGCAUAAAUGAGCACUUGGUGCCAAUGCUAGGUACACUUCUACCCCGAUAGAACGCUGUCCUCGGGAGCCAAAAAAUCUUACUGCUUUAUAGGUGAAACCCACGUUAUAUUGAACUUGCUUUGAUCCGCCGGAGUGCUCAUCUCCCCCCCG